CGGCUGCCGGUUAGUUCCGGACAACGCCUGGUGUGUGGUAACAGCGGCGGACGCUUCCUUCUCGCAGGCGCUUCCGGCGCGGCGGUGGCGGUGGCGAAACCCCCUGGAGAGCUGCGAGGGUCUCCGUGGGUCGAGGGGGAGCUCGUCGGAGCUGAGAGCGCUGUCAGGUGGCUGCGGGGAGCGCCGGCGGCUCGGUCACUGCCUCCUCCUCAGGUGUAAAGGAGAGAAAACGGCGCCUCGGCUCCUGCCCGCAAACCGGGGCCCGUCCCGCUCCCCGCAAGGAGAGCAGAUCCCUGGGUUGAGGCAGAUCCCUGGGGACGCGUUGAGUGCUGGGGUGUCCCUUUAAAGUGUUCAUUUAACUGACAAGAUAUUUUUCAAGUUCUCCAAGUAUUUUUGCACGACGAGGAAAAAGAAGAAACAUUUUGGUGAAUGAGGAGUUUUCUGCUUCUAUAGUGUUUUCCUUGAGAAGUGGGUCUUUGAAUGAGGAUGACAAUGGAAGAGAUGAAGAAUGAAGCAGAGACCACUUCUAUGGUUUCCAUGCCUCUCUAUGCUGUUAUGUAUCCUGUCUUUAAUGAGCUAGAAAGAGUAAAUCUGUCUGCAGCUCAGACACUGAGAGCAGCAUUUAUUAAGGCUGAAAAAGAAAAUCCAGGUCUUACACAGGACAUCAUUAUGAAAAUUCUGGAGAAAAAAAGUGUGGAUGUGAACUUCACAGAGUCUCUUCUGCGUAUGGCAGCUGAUGAUGUAGAAGAAUAUAUGAUUGAAAGGCCAGAACCAGAAUUCCAAGAUCUUAAUGAGAAGGCACGAGCACUUAAACAGAUUCUUAGUAAGAUUCCUGAUGAGAUCAAUGACAGAGUGAGGUUUCUUCAGACAAUCAAGGACAUUGCAAGUGCAAUAAAGGAGCUUCUUGACACAGUAAAUAAUGUCUUCAAGAAAUACCAAUAUCAGAACCGGCGGGCACUUGAGCACCAAAAGAAAGAGUUUGUAAAAUACUCCAAAAGUUUCAGUGAUACUCUGAAAACCUAUUUUAAAGAUGGAAAGGCAAUAAAUGUGUUUGUAAGUGCCAACCGACUAAUUCAUCAAACCAACUUGAUACUCCAGACCUUCAAAACUGUGGCCUGAAAACUGUAUAUGUUGAGAGUUGUACUUUUCAAUGGUGGAUAGGGUACCUUUAUAUGUAAAUUUUAAAGUUUUGACUGUAUAAAUUAUCAGCCCCUCCUGAAGGGGGGGGGGGGGCCCUAAUGCAGGAUUUUGAAUGGGAUUAUUGCCAUCUUACACCAUAUUUUUGUAAAACAUUGUAGCUUAAUCAUAAUCUCACGAUGAAGAUUUUUGCAUCACUUUUUUGCUAUUACCAUUCUUUUCAGAAUUAUAAGCCAAAAGAAUUUACGCCUUAAUGUGUCAUUAUGUAACAUUCCUUAUAAGAAUUGUAAAUACUUGGUGUUCUGUUUCUGACAUUUUAACUUGAAAGCGGAAAACUGCAAGAUUAUGUAUUUAACAAUAUUGGUGGCAAAUAUUCAAUAAAUAGUUUACAUCUGUUA